UAUGGCGACCCUCUCGUAGUGAUGGAGGCGCAUCGUUGACAACAAAACGAAACUGUAACUUUAUUAAUCUAUCUGUCCACUGACACAAGUUGGAUUUACAAUGCAAAAGAUCAAGUCUCUUAUGGGCCGGCAGGGCCUGAAAAGCCCCCAAGAAAGCAUGGCAGACCUCAGUCCUGUUGAGAACCUGAGGAUCCCAAGCAAGGAACUGGAGCGAGUGACUGCUUUACAGACCAACCUGCAGCUGGCAGCUGUCAUUUGCACUAAUGCAAGGAGGCAACUGAGCGUGUCGAAGGAAGAAUUCACAGAAGCCAGUUUGGGUCUAUUGGCCAAUCAGAGGAGGCGGCAACUGCUGACAGGCCUGCUUAAGUCACUGAGGACCAUCAAGACGCUGCAAAGAACAGAUGUAAGACUCAGUGAGAUGCUUGAGGAGGAAGACUAUCCAGGUGCAAUUCAGCUUUGUCUGGAAUGUCAGAAGGCUGCCAGCACCUUCAAACACUACAGCUGCAUCAGCGAAUUGAAUUCCAAACUACAAGACACUCUGGAGCAAAUCGAGGAGCAGCUCGAUGUCGCCCUGUCGAAGACUUGUAAGCACUUUGAUGUUUCGCACUACACCAAGGUCCAGCUGGCCUACACUUUGCUGGGCAAGACACAGACUGCUAUGGACCAGCUGCACAUGCACUUCACCCAGGCGAUCCACAACACAGUGUUCCAAGUGGUGCUGGGAUAUGUGGAGCUGUGUGCUGGCAACGCUGAUACCAAGUUCCAGAAGAUGCAGUAUAAAGACCUGUGCACGCAUAUCACCAUGGACAGCUACAUCCCCUGCCUGACGGAUCUGUGCAAGGCAUUGUGGGAGGUGAUGGUGAGUUACCACCGCACCAUUCAGUGGCACGAGGAGCAUGACAAACAGGAGACCACGACCGCUCCAGGUGACGCAGCAGCAGAGUCUGACGAGUCGGUGGUGGACCGCAGCUAUGUGAAGAAAAAGCUGGAGCAUGGACUGACACGGAUCUGGCAGGACGUCCAGUUGAAAGCGAAGGCCUACAUCUUGGGGACAGACAUGUCUAACUUCAAAUACGACGAUUUCAUUGUGGUGCUUGACGUCAUUAGCAGGCUGAUGCAGGUGGGUGAGGAGUUCUGCAGCAGUAAGUCAGAGGUCCUGCAGGAAUCUAUCAAACGGCAGAGUGUCAACUACUUUAAAAACUAUCACAGGGCACGACUGGAAGAGCUCAGGAUGUUUCUGGAAAAUGAGACGUGGGAACUCUGCCCAGUCAAGUCUAACUUCAACAUCUCCCAGCUCCAUGAGUUUAAGUUCAUGGGCCAGUGUCGUUCUCCGUCCGUUUCCCCGAGCAGACAGGCCGCGUCCUCGACCAGGCAGACUCAAGAGGAGCUGUCUCUGUUCCAGCAGUACCUUCAGGAAGGAAACCCCUUUGAGAUGCAUACUGAGCAAAAAGAGGACGAGACAGAGGACGUGCUGGCAUCUAACGGGUACGAGUCAGACGAGCUGGAGAAGAGUGUGUAUCAAGAUUACGACAGCGACAGCGACCCCGAGGAGCUCAAGCAGGACUUCGUUGACGAGCAGACGGGCGAUGCCCCCCUCAAGAGUGCGUCCCGAGAGACCAUCAGAAGCAAGAAAAAGUCUGACUACAACCUUAAUAAGACCAAUGCGCCGAUCCUCACCAACACCACCCUCAACGUCAUCCGUCUUGUCGGGAAGUAUAUGCAGAUGAUGAACAUUCUGAAGCCGAUCGCCUUCGAUGUCAUCCACUGUGUGUCGCAGCUCUUCGACUACUACCUGUACGCUGUAUACACCUUCUUUGGACGCAAUGACAUGCCUGUCCCAAGCCCGUCUUUGCCAAAUCAUGGUGGCAGAGAUGCGGGCCCUGCCAGGGUGGUGGGCCCUGCUUGUUUGUAUGAGUCAUCGGGUCUGGGCCUUAUCAGCAGCAGACUGAGAACCACACUGAACCGGAUCCAGGAGAGCCUCAUUGACAUGGAGGCAGUGGGGGAGAAUGCAGGAGUCCACGGCGCAGCAGAGGACAGGAAGGAGAAGGUGCCGAGCCCCCACCUCAGCCAACUGGUGGUCCUCACUAACAGUGGGACUCUUUAUGGGCUAGCACAGAGAGUGGUGGCCACUGAGUCUCUCGUGUUUCUGGCCGAACAGUUUGAAUCCCUCCAGUCCCACCUUGACACGAUGAUGCCUGCAGCCAAGAAGCCCUUCCUGCAACAGUUCUAUUCACAGGACCGAGCUCUGGACCUGGGGUGA